AUGGGUUGUAUGGGAUGGGGUGGCAUCUUUCGCGAUUCACAGGGCCAGUGGUUGCUUGGAUUUCAUGGGUACCAAGAUGGUGGAAAUGCUCUGCAGGCUGAGGCUUCUGCUCUGGAACAUGGGCUGAAAGUGGCGUGGGGAAAAGGCUACAGAAAUGUUAUUUGUAGUGUGGAUUGCAGAGACCUUCUUCUGGCUCUACAGGAUGAGGAUCGUUGCCAAUUUAUGCCAUCUUUGAGGACCAUUCAACAGCUCUUGCAAAGGAGUUGGAGGGUUACUUUGGAUAAUAUUCCUAGAGAUUGUAAUGAACCGGCGGAUUGGUUGGCAAAGAGAGGAGCAGCUUCUCCUUUGAAUCCUUGGUGCGUGAUAGAGGCUCCCCCUUGGGACUUAGAGACCCUAAUUUUGAGGGAUCGUUUGAGCUCGGUGUAG